UUUUGCAUGGCGGACCACAAGGACUGGCGCAAGUGUCAGGAGCAGGUGAAGGACUUCCAGCACUGCAUCACGGAGCACAACAAGAAGAAGUACCAGUAGGGAGCCACAGGAGAGGAACCAGCAGAACGCACAGAAGAAGCACCAGCAGAAGGCACAGAAGAAGUCCAGCAGUGCAUCGUAGAACACAGCAAGAAGCUCCAUAAGAAAUCACAUGAAUCUUUGGUGACCUCCCUGCUGACCACCUCUUUCCCCGAGCCACCUCACACCCUGCACUAGGACUCAAGGCUCUCCUAAGACUCUCCAACUUAAUAAUCCUUUUUUUGAAAUUCACAGACCAGCACAGUGAUCCUUAUUUUUUUCUUGUUAAUCCAGACCAGUUUCACUCUUACGUCAAAAUAAACAAAUAAAUAAAUCUGUGCUGUAACUCAGGGAACCGCAGGGAGUGAUAUGCAACACAGACCUACAGGAUUGUGUUUGCUAAGCUCUCAGUGAUACGUUACUCCCCAUCUUUGCUGAACUCGGAUCCACAGUGGGUGAGACGGUGAUGCUGUGUGUUUUUUUAGUGUUUUCCAAGGUCCGAGUGACACCUUGACUUGUGAAUGCUGGGUAGUUAGUGUCAGAAUUGUAUUGUGAUUCAUGAAGGAAGAGGAGAAAGAAAAGAAAUGAAUGUCUGAAACUUGAUUAUAUUAGUGUGAUUAAUAACUUACUGUCUAUCUAUCUACCUGUCUACCUAUCUAUCCCACACAGACCUCCAUUACAGUAAACACCAAAAACACAGACGCACACACACACCACAGCUACACCAAAUGUCCGAGCCGCAGCCACAGGACCCCUCAUCACCGCUGUGGCCUUCAGUGGUGACAGCGGCCAUCACCUGCUCCUCCUUCCUGGUGGGGAUGGUGGCAGGGCAUAAGCUAGGCCGGCCCGUCAGGAGGCUUAUGAACAUGGCAAAGGUCGGGCCUAGCAAGAUGGUCCUAGUGGUGCAGGGUGACCUCAAAAUGGGCAGGGGCAAGCUUGCGGCCCAGUGCAGCCACGGGGCCCUGGCAGCUUAUAGACAGGCCCAGCAGCGCACACCCCUCCUCCUGCAAGCCUGGGAGGACACUGGCCAGACAAAGGUUGUGCUCAAGGUGGACAGUGAAAAGGAGAUACUGAAGGUUGUGGAGGAUGCAGAGAGGAAGGGGGUGCCGGUGGUGUCAAUAAGGGAUGCAGGCAGGACUCAGGUACCCAGUGGUUCCCUCACGGUGGUGGCAGUGGGCCCUGCCAGGCUCAGCGACGUGGAUAGUGUCACAGGUCACCUCAGGCUGCUGUGAGGGUGGUGGUGGUGGUGGUGGUGUUGGUGUGUUUGUGUUGAAGGUUAUUUUGUUUAUUCAGUGAUGUUUUUUUAUUUAUUUUUUUGUUUGUUUGCUUAUCAGGAAAGAUUUUUGUGGUUUUCUUUGGUAAAAUGUGUUAAUUUGUUUAUGUGGUGCAUUUUGUUUUUAUUUUUUUUUGUUUAUCAGUAAUUUUUUUGUGUAUUUCUCAGGUAAAUUAUCUUAGAAAUUAAUUAAUUAUUUAAUUUAUUUGGUGACUUGUUUUUCUUUGCUCAUUUUGCUUUCCUUCAGAUGUGUUGGUUUCAUUCACUUAUACAUUUGUCAGUAUGUUUCUCGCGGUUCUCUUCAACAAAAUGUAUUCUGAGUUUACAUUUUUAUUUAUUCGUUAAUAUAUUUUUUGUGGCUUUCAUUGUUAUUUUAUUUUUCAUUUUAUCAUAUCCAUUUGUUUCAACCAACUGAGACGAAAGAUUUUUAGUUUCCUCAUAAUUCACUUCUGCAUUGCCAUAUUGCUUUGUUCCCAUGUACAGUGUCAUAACAAGAAAUGGAAGGCAGUCUCUUUUCUUUUGUAAAUAAAGUGUCUGAUCA